AUGAAUUAUGACGACGUGUUGGUACAUUUAGGAAAAUUUGGUUCAUAUCAGAAACGAAAUUACAUUUUAUUGUGUCUUCCGGUUAUUUUGUGUGCAUUUCAUAAGCUUGCAGGUGUUUUUCUUCUCGGAACACCAGACCAUCGAUGUAGACUAGAAGGCGAACCAAUUAACUCAACAUUUAAACUCCCUGAAAGUAUUGUAAAUGUUUCAUUCCCUUUCAAUUCAAAAGAAAAUUCAUUUUCACGAUGUGAAUAUUUCGCCGACAAUUAUUUUUCACCCAAUGAUUCAUCGCAUGAAAUCGUCAAAUGCUCGGAUUUUGUUUGGGACACGUCAAAAUAUGAAAGUUCAGCAGUUAAAUCAUUUCAUUUGAUAUGUGAUCAUAGCGAUUUAAAACCACGAUCAGAUGCUUUGUUAAUGGUGGGUGUGUUCAUCGGAAGUUUUACUUUCGGUCACCUGUCUGAUAAAUAUGGAAGGCGAAUUGUGUUUGUUCUUUCAUUAGUGUUUCAACUCAUUUUCGGUGUUUUGAUUGCCAUAGCACCGGAAUUCAUCACAUUUACAAUCUGUAGAAUGAUCGUUGGUGCAACAACCUCCGGAGUGUUUCUGGUUGCGUAUUGUCUGUCUCUAGAAAUGGUUGGAAAAGAAUCCCGGAUGGUUGCUGGUGUCACUUUUAUGAUGUUUUUCUCAUCGGGUUACAUGUUGAUGGGUGGAUUUGCAUAUUUUCUACCCGACUGGCGAUGGUUUCAAGUUGCUAUUACAUUGCCUGGUGUGAUUUUCUUAUUCUACUGGUGGUUCAUUCCUGAAUCAACUCGUUGGCUUCUGGCUAACAAUAGAAAAGACGAAGCGAUUAAUCAAAUUCAAAGUAUUGCAAAGUCAAAUAAUGUCGUCAUUCCCCAAGAUGUUCUCGAUAAAGUCGUCGAAGCAGAGUCUGAAAGUGGAUCAAAUUCUGGCGGGUUAAAUAAUUCGAAGCCUUCAAUUUUGGAUUUAUUCAAGACACCAAAUCUAAGGAACAAAUCAUUGUUGAUAUUUUUCAACUGGUAUGUGAUAUCUGGUGCUUACUAUGGACUCUCGUGGAGUUCUGGUUCAAGUUUAUCAGGCGAUCCAAUCAUUAAUCACGUUCUUUGUGGUGCUGUUGAACUUCCUGGAUAUAUUGUGUUGCUUUUAACACUCAACCGAUUUGGAAGAAAAAAGAUUUUGUCAGGAAAUUUAAUUUUCGCUGGUACAACUUUGAUUCUUUCACUUAUUGUGCCUCAAAAUAAUCAUUGGCUUGUGUUGGGAUUGACUUUGCUUGGAAAAAUGAGCAUCACAGCAAGUUAUGGCACAAUUUACUUGUUUUCUGUCGAACAAUUUCCAACAGUUAUAAGAAAUGUUGCACUUGGAGCGGCCAGCAUGUCUGCACGAGUCGGUGGAGUUUCAGCACCUUACUUAAUUUAUUUAUCUCAAUUCUGGAAGCCUUUGCCGAUUCUGCUCUUCGGAGUAACUGCAUUUAUUGCAGGAUUUCUUUCAACCUUUCUUCCUGAAACUCACAACGUUCAACUCCCUGAAACAUUGGCUGAUGGUGAAAGACUUGGCAAGAAUCUUUCUGAUGUGAAAGCUCACGAACUUUCAUUUCUCAACAAAAAAAUGCCUAAUGGGAACAAUUAAAUGAUUUAACUUAUCUUAAGAUUGUCAACAUAAAUACUUAAAUAGAUUAGAAAACAUUCCGCGACUUAUCUUAGAAUUAUUCUUUUCUUUUAUUUGUAAACGAAUUUUAAGAAAAUAAAACAG